AUGCUAUUUUUGUGUUUAUUGUUUUUUGUGUUUAGAAAGCGAGUAGAACACUUUAAACCUAACUCUCACUUCCUACUUCAAAAAAAAUUGAAAAUGUCAACAAAAUCACCAUCAAAACUCCAAGAAAAAACUACACCUACUUUCUCUUUACUGCCAAAGGUCGUUAAUGGCGGCAUCGCGGGCAUUAUUGGCGUGUCAGUGGUUUUUCCGCUUGACUUAGUUAAGACCAGAUUACAAAACCAAAUAAUUUCUCCAUCUGGUGUAAAACAGUACACAAGCAUGCUUGACUGUUUUAAGAAGACAUUUGCGGCAGAAGGCUACUUUGGAAUGUACCGCGGUUCCGCUGUCAACAUUUUUCUUGUCACACCUGAAAAGGCUAUUAAGUUAACUGCCAACGACAUGUUUCGGUUCUACUUGACAGAAAAAGACGGGUCUUUACCCAUCGUGCGUCAAAUGAUAGCCGGUGGUUUAGCCGGUGCGUGUCAGAUCGUAAUAACUACACCCAUGGAGCUGCUCAAAAUUCAAAUGCAGGACCAGGGUAGAAUUGCAAGUCAGGCCAAAGCCGAAGACGGAGCAAUAAAAAGAUUGACCGCGCUGGCACUAACUAGGCAACUAUAUGCCGAACGUGGCAUACUUGGAUUGUAUAAAGGAAUCGGUGCAACUGCUGCACGUGACGUCUCGUUCAGCGUUAUUUACUUCCCGCUUUUUGCUACACUCGCCGAACUCGGUAUCAAAGAGCCAAUACCUGGCGCGACACCGCCUUUCUGGUGGUCGUUCCUGUCGGGUUGUAUGGCCGGCUCUACAGCAGCACUGUUUGUUAACCCUUUUGACGUAGUUAAGACUCGCAUGCAAACCAUCACGAAGGGCACUGGAGAACUACACUACAAUUCCAUUCUCGAUUGUAUCAUGUCUACGUGGAAACAUGAAGGAGUUACAGCAUUUUUCAAGGGAGGUGCAUGUCGUAUGAUAGUCAUUGCUCCGCUAUUCGGCAUAGCACAAACUGUCUACUACCUCGGCAUCGCUGAACGCUUGUUUGGUCUCUAA